CAUUUUUUUAAGAAUUAGCUCAGCUAAUUAAAUUUUAGUGAAGAAUUUUUGCAAUGUCGGGUGACCAAGGGCAAGUGCUGGUAGAAAGUUCUCCUGGAAGUCAAGGCAUAGAUUCCUACGCCUGGAGUGCUGGGAGUCUGAACAGCAAUCCUACAUUCCUGACGCUCAGAAGGAGUCCUGCCGACAAGAAGGAUACCAGCCGGGACAAGAAGAAAGAGGUUCCUAAGAAACAUACGGAGGAUGAACGCAUGAAGCUGUGCGUGUGUGGUCUAGGACCACGCGUACGACAGCUACGACACGACAUCGUACAUCUCAACGACGUCCACGAGAAGCUCCUACGCGGUCUACACGAGCAGAUCGAGCAGCUGAAGAUACGAAACAGGGGUUCCUGUACAAGCCUCCCCCGAGGCAGAUACGUUAUCUUCGUCAUCCUCAACCCACGGCAGAAGCGAACAGGAAGAUAA